GCUAAUAAUUACACCCUUAGGCGGCUCAGAUUUGAAUGAGAAGACAAAAAAGUUUUCAGUCUCCCACAGUUUGAUUUAAUCGUCUUUGCUAAAAGGUUCCGGUCGACAAGUCCUGAAAACAAACCGCGAGAAAAAUCAAAUUGCAUCACCUACAUCGAUCGACUGAGAAAGUUGUACGUCCCUUUCAUGUUCGAUACGUGGUUUUCUGAAGAUUAAAUGUAAGAAGUAUACUUGCAAGCCCGUUCGAUCCUGUAUUUACAGCAUUGGUAGCCGUACACGGAUUCAGCUCAACUAAGCUGAGUGAGGUUCUUGAAGAAAAUUUCCUCUUCAAAACAGCGAGUUAUGACAACGAAUCGCUCGGAAAGCACGGAGCUAACAUCUGCAACAUCAAGAGUAUCUUCUCCCGCGGACCCCUGGAAAGUGAACGCUGAGAUAAACUCAAGUCAAGCUGACCUCAUAAUGACAAAAAACAAACGAUCUCUUAGAGAGUUACUCUACGAGUUUGCAGAUGGAACCAGUGCCCAUGGUGUGGGCAAGAUAGGUUCGACCGCGAAAGCCAAAUCUUGGUUUUGGUGUGGUUUUUGGGUACUGGUGACUCUGACUUGUGCAGGUAUGGUGAUAUCUCAAGGGAUUUUGUUAUUGGAAACAUAUCUCGACAAACCAACGAAGUCUGAUAUUGACGUCACGUACGUGAGGACAGUUCAAUUUCCUGCAGUGACCAUAUGUAACCUUAACAUUAUAAGGAGAUCCAAAAUUCGUUCCUUUGGGGACGCAGAAGCAAUCGUGAGCACUUUUGACAAAUUUAUGGAGCGAGAACCGCCAAAAGACGGACAUGACCACGAUAAGGAAGGUGCAGCAGCUAAUCAGUCGAGUUCCGGCAGUUCAUCAACCUCAUUCGGUCCUCCGGACAGACAAAAAGAAGCCAUGAAGGAAUCUUUAAAGAUUGACGAUUCAAAUGCCGAGGAACACAUGAGAUUGAGCAAUGUUACGGUCGACGAACAAGCCUACGCUGAAUAUCUGAUUCUAAGCACGUUAGCCAAGCAAAACAUGAGCGAUUUAAUGGAUGCGGGACAUGAAUUUAAUGAAUUGGUGUUUCGUUGUAAUUGGAAAGACUUUUCGUGUAAAGAUGGCGAUUUCCUGAAGUACUGGAAACGAACGUGGAACUGGAGAUACGGAAACUGUUAUACAUUUAAUUCUGGUGCCACAGAGGAUGGUAAAAAGACUCCUGUAUUGACAAGCACAAAACCUGGACCACAAUAUGGUCUCACACUGGACUUAUUUGUGAAUCAGGGAGAGUAUAUUCCUAGCAUAAGCCAGGAGGCAGGGGUGCGUAUUCUACUGACUCCUCAGCGCAGCAUUCCCUUUCCUGUUGACGAGGGUUUCACUGUAUCUCCUGGAUUUUCAACUUCUAUUGGUUUAAGACAGCUACAUAUCGUUAGAGUGGAUCCCUUUAAGAAUGACAGCUGCUAUGGCCAUGACACACUGGAAGAUUUUUCCGUUUACAAGCGUUUCAAAGGCUCAAAAUAUUCUGUGCAGGGUUGUAUGUAUUCGUGUCUGGCUGAGGCGCAGAAAGAUAAAUGCAAGUGCACUGAAGGAAAAUUCCCUGUGGGUGGAGAGAUAUGUUUGAAUGUUACUGAACUGCAAUGUGUUCAAGAACAGCAAAAGAGAUAUGAUAAUGACGAACUUGGUUGUUCAAGACGGUGCCCUCAACCUUGCCAGCAAAUGAGUUUCAGGACGUCAAUGUCCAAUUCAGCGUGGGCUCAAAGUUACGAGAAACAAGUUCAAGCAAUGAUGCGAAGAGAAGGCGACACCAAUUUCAAAAAUAUGGGAAACGACAAAGACACAUUACGGCAAAAUUUCCUAAGAAUAAAGAUUUAUUUUGAGGAACUCAACAUGGAGAAAAUAACAUACUCCGAAUACUAUGCAUUUGAGAAUCUGAUGAGUGACGUGGGAGGGCAGCUAGGUCUUUGGAUCGGUGUGUCCUUCAUCACGGUGGCCGAAGUGAUUAAACUGCUCCUGGACAUGAUCAGAGUGCUGGCUCGUAAAUUUUACCUCACUGACGGAGAAGUUAGAGAUAUCCAUGAAAUGAAGUGAGGAUCGUUCCUCAAAGUGCUUAAGUAAAUUUUAUACAAUCAAAAUACGUUCUGCAAGGAAACCACUUAGGCUUCAUGAGGAUCUCCCAAGAUCUAAAUGUUAACUCUCCUUACUAUCUACUACACAUAUUUUAUAAUUAUUAGGUCUAACAAUCUGGUAGUUAAUCAAACAGCAUCCAUAACUUGGUAUCAGUUUCAUCUCCUCCGCAUUUUUCUGCUGAACAAUAUAAUUUGGUUUUAUCGACUGAGUUGAAAAUGUAAAUAAGCCACUGUAAAGAGUUUCAAAGUUGACGUUUCAAGCUUUAGCUGGCGAAGGGCUAACGCUCGAAACGUCAGCUUUGAAACUCUUUACGGUGGCUACUUUACAUUAUCAACUCAAUUGAUAAAACCAAAUAAUCUUGUCAUGCUACCUCACCGACGCAGCACCACAGUUUCUUUAGAAACUUACCCCCUUUAUUCAUCCCCACUUGCCCCUCACCUAUUCCCUGCUUGAAAGAGACAUCAUUUGUAAACAGGGUAUUUAACUUGUCACAUUAAUUCUGACAAAAUA